AUGGACUUGGUGGCCGGUUUACUCGUGACGGAUCACCACAGAGAUGCAGAGGAUGACCGGGAGCACAACAAAGCCAUUUUGGAAAUGCUACAUAUCAAUAAAGUGUCCGCGGGUCCUCAGGCUAAGCCUCAUCCCUACAUGAGGGGGAUCUAUCAGCGGCUGGACUCACUGGAGGCUCAAGACUUUAGCAGUUCGGAUGGAACACUGGUGCAGAGCUUUAGGAGUUUUAGCUCCCCAGGAUGGAUCUGGUUCAAUGUGAGCGGCCGGACCCCCUCCAUGCUGGGUGCGGAGCUGGCUCUGUACAGGAAGACCCUGAGCCCCGAUCCCAUCAGUGUGACUGUCGCCCUGCACAGUGUCACAGCUUCACAGGGGGCUCCGGUGGGAAAUGCUGCCCUGGAGGAGAGACUGUUGACCCUGGAUCAGCGACCCUCAUCUGGAUAUGAUGUGUUUGAUGUGUCAGCUGCUCUGCCUUUGAAGCCUUUGGAGGUGGUGGGCUUUCAGCUGCAUUAUACAGACGAGAGUGGGAGUCUGGUCCUUCACAAAGCCCUAACACAUCUCUACUGUGUGGACAGAGGCUCCCUGAGUGGACCCCUACUGGUGCUCUACCAGUCACACCCCCUGCACAUCUAACAUGGCACCAAGUCUUUUUUAUUAAAACAUAUCCAAUCCAUCUCUGAUAUGGUGGAUGUAUAUCUAUAGAGCGUAUUCACGUGACGUCAGAAUCUCAAUCGCGCCAUCUUGGGGUCCCACUUAUUAAAUGUCAGAAGAAGUUGACCUGGCUAUCGUGUCCGCUGUUUGAUUAUGCGAGAGCCCAGCAACCUCAUGUCCUUCUGCAUUACCAAAGAAAGAUUUCAGCGGUUGGAAUUGAAUAUUUGCAACGCUUUUUUACCUGAUUUUACUCGCUCAACACUGUGGUUAAUUCGCUAGUUACCAGCACAUAGCCCGGUCACAUUCCUGUAAAACAGUUUUCAUUUCCGCUAUCGACCAUGGGACAUUAACAACUAUUUCUGCGUUAUACUUGUUGUGGAAAUACCACACAUGUGGGAACAUCAAGCGCCCCGUGUCUGGGUUCAUAUAUGAUCCGUAGUCGCACAGCUCCGCCUCCAGGACGAGUGUCUGAUGAAGCCGCUUCCAGCUCCUUCAGGACCAGCAGUGCCUAGCUGGCCGUGCUGAGUGCUGUUCCCAUGGAGCCAGUGUUUUAUUUUACCUUGAAAUGAAUCACAGAGUAAAGGCAGACAUCGCCCGACGGAGUUGCCAUGUUCACGGCUUCCUCCCAAGUUUCCAUCCACAGUUCCUUUUGCGCAAGUGAAAGACAUUGAUUUUCGCUUGGCGAAAAAAGCUAAAAGAGAUUAUUGACGUGAGUGUGUCAAUGGAAACGUGCCCACAACCCGAUGUGUCAACAGAAACACAUGAGAACAGUCCUAACGCUCAUACGCCGAGUGAAGCCGAAGUAGAUGCAUGACAAGUUGAAGUAAUAGCCUCUUGUUGAGCUGAUAAACCCAUAUUCUGAAUCAUUAGUCCCACAUCCAACAAUGAGGCACAGGACCAUAAUCACAAGGCACACCGCUUUGAACUGAAAUCGUGUCUCCUUCAGGAUAUAAUGGUCAUUUCUAAGGGAAGAGCGGCAUAAAACAAGCAAAACAAUGCCGUGGUGGGACCCCAACAUGGCCGCCAGAGUUUGUUGUGGUCACGUGAGUGAAU